AUGGCGGCGGCAAUGAACCCUACGCAGCGAUUGCAGAAAAUCUUCGAGGCGUAUGAUGUGAAUGGUGAUGGAACACUUUCAGAGGAAGAGAUGACCCAGGUCUUUGAGCAAUUGGGAAUUAAGGGCUCAAGCUUCGUGUUCAAGCAGGCAGACAAGAACAAGGAUGGUACCAUCCAAGUCCAUGAGUUCAUUUCGUGGCUCACACGGAAAGAUCCCAAGUGCUCUCUUUCGGAAGAUGUGACUGAUGGCCAAGGGAGUGUUUCGGCCACCAUCACUAAUACCAAUACAAAGGUGAAGAAGAAGUUCUACUUUGAAUUUACUAGUUGCAAAAAUAUUGAGUUUUCCGAAGGCAAGACGGUGUGUGUUGCCUUGGAGCCUGGUGAACAGAAGACUCUGAAGUUGCUUACAGUGACUGGUGAGCCAUACCACUAUGCUUAUGAACUCGCAUGCCGCUCUGAAUAUACUGGAGUUCAAGACGAUCCCAAUGCCUUUGAGGAUCCAGAGUUCCCGCACGAUAGCAGGAGCAUCAAUGGGCAUACAUCAGAAAUUCCUGCAGAUGUUUGGGUGAGGGCUCGCAUGCUUGGAGAUCCAUCUGAAUCCGUGCUCUUCGAUCAGAUACGACCUCAAGAUGUGAAGCAAGGUCAGGUGGGAGAUUGCUGGUUGAUGGCUUCGAUCGCAGCGGUGGCCAGCCACCCUGAGUUGAUCAAGAAACUCUUCAAUACCAAGCAUGUGACUGAAGAUGGCAAGUACAGCAUUUCGCUGUACGACGCUGGAGCUCACGAAUGGACUUCGAUGGUGAUCGAUGAAUUUCUUCCUUGCAGGCUGCAAAAUGGAAAGCCCGCCCCUCUCUUUGCUAAGCCCUUGGGUGAAGAACUAUGGGCAGUUUUGCUCGAGAAGGCAUUUGCCAAGUUUUGCUAUUCCUGGGGCAAACUUGCAGGAGGUGAUUCUUGGUUUGCCUUGCAGGCCAUGACGGGCUUCAAAAGCUAUGUGCACUGGUUCAUGAGAGACCAGAGGUGGAAGAAGAAAGUCUUGAAAGAAGAUUGGGCCCAUGGCAAGACUGAGAAUGCUCGAGGGAGGAAGAUCAAUUACUUGGUUUUCGACGUUGUCCAAGACAGUUCUCAGGACCUCAAUGAACUCUUCGACGAGAUCCAUGCCCUGGGCACCAAAGAUCACUUGAUGACCUGCUCCAUGGAGGGUGCCAACGCUGAGGCCAAGGCCAAAGGCAUUGUGGUGUGGCACGCCUAUUCCUUACUGGAAGUCCUUGAGGAGGUGCUUGAUGAUGGCACACCCAUUCGGCUUAUGCAAGUCAGAAACCCUUGGGGCUUCAAAGAGUGGACAGGAGACUGGGGAGAUUCAUCCGAGCUUUGGAACCAAAAUCCUCAGCUUCAAGAACGGCUGCAGAAGAAGAGGGCAGGAGGCAAUGAUGGAAAAGCCUUUAUGUCAUUGGAGGAUUGGGGAAAAUCUUUCAACCAGGUGAGUGUUUGUCCCAUUCACCGUCCUUCCAUCGACGUGACCAUUUCUGACGCUGCACCCACGGGCGAGGAGCCUGAAGGUGCGCCGCGUAACUUCGUGGACAGCGAUGAUGAAGCGGAAGGUAACCUUCCAGAGCUCUACGCCCAGUUUUUCCCAGGGCCCCCGCUUUGCCGAGCACUUGACACAGGAGGACACAACCAGGAGCACAAGACACAUCGUGCACAAGAAUCUCCGCGACCAGUCGCCGGCCAGCGGGUGAAGCAGCAGCAGCCGCGAGGCAAGCGCUGCUUCAUUGGAGCCCCUCAUACAGUUGAAGCCUCAGGAAUGGCAAAGAUGGUUUGUGGAAGCGAGCAUUUGGCAGAGUUCUGGAACGAAGUGGAGAAGGAGAACCCUCAAAUGGGUGCCAUUUUCAAUGGCUAUGCUGGUUUCUCAGAUCAGCUUGCCGAUGUGGCUGGGGCCAAAGUGACUGGCACGCGGCACUUUUUCGGGGCUCCACAUGUGCAAGACACCCAUGAACUUGAGAAAUUGAUUUGCGGAAGCAACAAACUCACCGAGCACAAGGAUCUUCACGAGGUGAAACAAGGAGAUCUUUCUGGUAUGUUGAAAGGCCUUGCAGGACGCAGCUUGCAAGAAGAUGACGACCGCGGCCCUCGGUCGCGAUCGAAACGGAACUUCUUGGGAGCUCCACAUGUGCAGGACACGCCACUUACUGGAAUUUUGUGUGGAAGCGAGAAGAUGGACGAAUAUCGUCAGAAUCAUGCAGAGAAAUAUUGUUUCCAAAAGCAGAUGUUUGAUGGACACGCUGGGCUAAGCCUCCAAGCAGAUGAUGGAGGACUUGGAGCAGUCCGACGCAAGAGAGACCUCGGCGGUGCUCCACAUGUGGCAGAUUCACCGGAUAUGUUCGAACUCGUCUGUGGCUCUCCAACCCUCAAGGAGGCACAUGCCAAGAAGAUGAACCCCGCGCUGGCCAACAUGUUCGGUGGCUGCGCUGGUUUGUAUCUGCAGGAGGAGGAUCUUGAAGACCCACGUUGGGCGUCCCUGGAUAGGUCCAAGGAGCAGAGGCAAGAAAAAGGUGCAGUCACGCAGUUCAGCAACUUGGGAUGCAGCAUGAUAAGUCGCGAUAAGUCGCUGUUUGAUGUGUUCUGCUUCGGCAUUUGUGGACACAUGCUGACAAAGCCUCCAAGGGAGGAAUGUUUUGACAACGCCUUCCAUCCAAUUGAGUGCAUCGUGACGGAUCGCUCAGAGAUGCCGAUGCUUCCAACAUUGUUCAUCUCACAUGGCAUCGGUCCAAUGCCGUUGCUGCUGGAUGAGCAGCAUCCCUUUGCGCGCUGUUUGGCCGAGAUUCCUCUGCGGCUGCAACUGGAUGAGAAUCGCGUCGCUCGGAUAUUCCAAGAUCAUAAGGGCAUGGCCUGCAUGGCUUCAUACCAUUGCUUUGUGCUUUAUGUGUUUUACGUGUUCACUUGCGUCCCCCUUUCAAGUGCCCCGACAUUGUAUCAUGGCACUUCUUUGGAGAACUGCGAGAAGAUCCGCCGAGACGGAUUUAUUCCCAGCUUGAAAGACGGUAAAAGGCACACGCAUCAUGGCGAAGGUAUCUACUUCACACCCGACAAAAAUCACGCCCUUGGCUUUGCCAAGCGAGCUGCCCGAGCUGCCCAACAGAGUGCUGAUCUUUGCCUGAUCGCAUUCGACUUUUGGGAAUCGAUUGAUGCGAUAUCUGCUCUUUCAUCGGCUGACACCUCCAAUUUUGAUGCCCGAGUUGACUUUACCAAAUCCGGCAGCGGCAAGGAAUACAUCUUCAAACAGCAGGGGAUUGAGAAGCUGGCAGCAGGAAAGCAGGUUUCUUUCACCCAAGUCGAUAACCAGGGCAGACAGAUGGCACAGCCAACGCAUGGUUCCCUGAAGAUCAACUCACAGCUGUUUUACGACUGGGAUGGGCGUGCACAUGUCAGGAGUUCAAGUGCUUGGCUGAGCAAAGGUGAGAAACGCUUCAUGGACGAGACAGUGGCGAGACAUUGGUCGUCCAUGGAUUUGCUUCGUGAUCCGACAUUUCAUUUGUUCAAUGCAGUCACAGGCGCCAUUAGGGCAUCCUUGGGUUGUGACGCGUUGAACUCUGAUUGUGCAGCUGAUGUCCUGGAAAGUGCAGUCGUCGAUGUGUCUUCCGGUGUGGGUGCUAUAGCUGGAGGUGCUGUUGGCAGUGUUGCUGGAGCUGUUGGUGCAGGCUAUGCUUCAAGUGCUUUGAUGGUUGCUACUGGCAUCGUGAGCCCUUUCUUGGUUCCUGGAGCGAUUGCAUUGGGCGGGUGGGGUGGCCAGUUGCUCGGACAAAGCAUUGGUGCUAACUUGGCAGCUUCUGUGGCACAGUGGAUCUCUCAGCAUACGCUGCGUAGAUUCAUGGGUUUCUUGCAGGAGUUGGCAGGAUGGGAUGGACAGCACGCUGCAGUGCAAGAGUUGGAGCUUUCUUGGUCUUCCAGAUUUUCUUGCGACAAGAUUUCUCAGCAGCGUCGUGUGCUGAUGCAGAAGCAUCAUCCCGACAAAUGCGGAGCUGAACGUUGCAAAGAGAAGUCCUUGCGGAUCAACGCAGCUUAUGACAAACUGAGCCGUGCCUGUUCCGAUGCUGCUGGCCGCCACAGGAGGGCCAAACUCGAGCAAACAGCUACAUCAAUCCAUGAAAGUGACGCGCUGCUCGCUCUUGAUGGCAAGCCCACUGCAAAAGCCCAGGUGAGAUGUAUUUUGGUCAUCUCUGCACAUUGGGAGACCAAGGGCGAGCUUGAGGCAGGCCUGCUAAGUUUGUGCAUAGAUGGCUUCGGCACUUCGAUGAGAUGUGAGGUGACCUUACGACGCACUCAUGGUCAAGGACUUCUUUAUGACUAUGCUGGAGCCCCACGACAGACCUACGAGGUGCACCAUCGCUUCCAUCCACCGGGAGACGCAGAAGUGUCUGGAUGGGUGCUGGAGUUGUUGGAAGCAGCGGGCAAAAGUGUCAGACACAAUGCAGGCAGAAAUCUGGAUCAUGGCGUUUUCGUCCCUUUGUUGCCGAGGCCGACGUUGAUGAACAUUCCAGUGGUACAGCUGAGUCUCCCAGAGCUCAGUGGUCAAAGGGGUGCUGAAGUGGCCAGACAUUGCCUGGAGGCGGUUCUGACAUGUGACUUGAACAUCUUGUACUCCCAAAAAGCUCAACAAAAAUCUGCGCAGGAUGUGGCAAGGAUUACGCUCUUCUUUCGUUUGAUCUAUAUAGAUUCACUGCGGGUGCUGACGGGGUGA